AGUUUUUCUAGUGUCUUGUCGUUGUGACUUGAAAUUUCCAAAGCGUAAGGGAAAGGAAAUCAAAGAGCUAGCAAGAGAGAGAUGCAACUCGGGAGACUUAAUUAUAUAUAUGGAUGUGUAUAGUUAAAGCUUCUUCAAUAUCCAGUCCUUCUCAAUCUGAGGUGAUGGCAAACUUAUCAGUGAAGAAAGUUGAGGUCUGCAGGGUGGCACCAAAACCAGGUUCACCAGAGAACCAGUCACUUCCUCUAACAUUCUUCGACUUAUUGUGGCUCCGUUUUCAACCCGUAGAACGCCUCUUCUUUUACCAAACCUCUUCCACCGAUUCCGUACUUUCCAAACUCAAAACCUCCCUAUCUCUCACUCUCCAACACUUCCUACCUCUCGCCGGAAACCUCACCUGGCCCCAAGACUCCCUCAAACCCGUUCUAAGCUACGUUCAAGGCGACGCCGUUUCACUCACCGUAGCUGAGUCCGAUGUAGAUUUCGACCACCUCAUUAACAGUAUCUUUCUUCCAGCCCAAGAUUUCAGUCCUCUUGUUCCUCAGUUGGAUGUGACUGAUGAGCGAGCCGCCGCGAUGGCAUUGCAAAUCACUGUCUAUCCCAACCACGGAUUCUCCAUCGGAACGACCACGCACCACGCAAUCCUUGACGGCAAAACUUGGACCUCGUUUGUCAAAGCAUGGGCUCAUAUAUGCAAAUAUGAAGAAGCACAAGCUCUGCCUUCGUCUUUGGUACCCUUCUACGACAGAAGGGUCGUCAAGGACCCAUCCGGGCUCGGAGAACUCUACUCAAGACAACACCAAAACAAGGACGGCCGGACCGACAACAGAAGCUUAAGCAUUGCCUCCAUCAGUAAAGAUCGCAAGGCCCCAGAUCGAGAAGACUCGAUUCGUGGCACAUUCGAGUUCACUCGCGCAUUUAUACAAACCCUUAGAGCGCAUGUCACAUCUAAAAUGGCUUCUGAUUCAUCGCUCCAUUUGUCAACUUUUUCUCUAGUCUCUGCCUACACAUGGGUUUGUAUGGUGAAGGCCGAAGAAAUCAAAGGGGAGAAGACGGCUCUCAUCAUCGGGGCGGACUCCAGGUCCCGGUUGGACCCUCCAAUACCUGCAACGUAUUUUGGUAACUGCAUAGUGGGUCGUGUAGCUGUUGCGGAAACAAAAGGGCUAUUGGGUGAAGAUGGACUGGUUGUAGCUGUGAGUGCAAUUACAGAAGCUGUAAGAAGCUUGGAGAAAGGGCUUUUGGAUGGGGCAGAGAAUUGGGUUUCGAAAUUUCUGGAUUUUUCGCUGUAUGGUAGGACAUAUUCGAUUGCAGGGUCACAUAGGUUUGAGGUUUAUGAUACCGACUUUGGAUGGCGAAGGCCGAAAAGGGUUGAGGUCAUCUCCAUUGAUAAGACGGGAGCCAUUUCUCUUUCGGAUAGUAAGAAUGGUGGUGGAGGUGUUGAGGUUGGAUUGGUUUUGAAGAAACAGUAUGCUGAGGCUUUUGAUGCUCUGUUUGCUAGCCUAGUACUGCAUUAGGAUUGAGAUUCUGGACCAAGAAAACAAGGAUUUGUCAAUCACUAUUAUUCUUGGUUUUGUGUGCUUUCUGGUAAUUAUUAUUAUUAUUUUUUAGAAUUGAAUGUACCCAAUAGAAUUAUUGAUAUGAAUAAAUAGUGAUCUUCAGAAUGUUUAAGAAUCUAAGAUAAUAUGUUAGUAUUGAA